UGUAUGUUCCACCUGACGAGUGGUUCUAUAAAAGCCUGCCAACUGAUCCUCUCUGUGUCGGAUAAAAGCAUUAAGCAUUACAAUGUCGCCAAAAGUGGUAUGUGUUAUUUUUGUACUGCUUUUCAUGAAUGUAGACGGACAGUUUAAUCUCAGUCCUCGUAGCUGGUACGCCCGGGAAGCAGCAAGAAUCUGUGCUCAAGCUGGAUCACACUAUCCACCAGGUCCUGCCGGCCCCAUUUUUGCUGCUGACAAGAAAAUUAUACCUGGACCUCUGAUGGUCGUAUCAGUGACUUUCGGUAUCUACGUUUCAGCCGGUCGGCGUGCAGAAUGGGGUUUAGGCAGAGUGGCAUUUACUGGAAAAACGCCCGGACCGUGUCAUGAACUUAAAAUUCUUCUUAUCUAAAUUGUCAAUCGAAUAUAUAUCUCGAUUGAAUAACUUCUUUGAUAAUAAACAGCUUUAAUUAAUGAUCAAUUUGCUGUAUGCCGUUUUAUUCUUUAACGCCACAUAAAUGCUUUUUAAUCUGUUAGUCCUGACCGCCAAAAUCUUUUCCUACAAGUGUUUCUCGUGAUCG